GCCUGAAAAGGAGCUGACUUCACCGCGUUUGCGCCACCAGACGCGGAGUGACCCAGUCCGAUCUGUCAUCUGUCCUAACCUUUACGUCAAAAUUUGUCAUCCGCACGGAGGAGGUAUCGUUCGUCGUUGCGACAAUUCGGAGUUUCGCGUUGAAUAACGACGACGCCGGGGACGAUGCUAUCGUCGCGACGCGGCUGAUCUGCACGAGCGCGAAAGUGACGGAGUGACGUCCCGAGAGGAACGAGAGGUGCCAUGAAAACGUCUGCCCACCGAGUGAUGACACCUGGACCCUGGACCGCCGUUUCCUACGGAGGAGAUUGAGUGAUAUUUGAGAGCAGCCUGUGCGUGUGUGCAUUUACUCGAAACAAUGAUGGAGUUGAGUCAUAGUCUGACCCUCAACGAGGAUGCUCUUAAUCAAAUCCCGGAGGCUAAGCGACCGGUCUUUAUCUUCGAAUGGCUACGCUUCCUGGACAAGGUUCUGGUUGCCGCCCAAAAGAGUGAUAUUAAAGGAUGCCAGCAAAAGUUGGUGGAACAAUUGACCAGGCACAUGCAAGGAGCUCCUGGUCCACCUACUCGGCGUCUCAUUGCAAGAUGCCUGGCAACUUUGUUCAGCGUGGGCGAUACGUUCCUGCUCUUCGAUACUGUCAACAAGUGCAACGAUAUCUUGAGGAAUAAGGACGAUUCGCCAAGCUUUCUACCCACGAAACUAGCUGCCAUUUGCUGUGUGGGAUGCAUGUACGAGAAACUGGGAAGAAUGAUGGGCAGGUCAUACGAGGAGACUGUACAGAUUCUGAUAAAGUCCUUACGUUCGGCGGAAUCACAGACGCGGAUAGAAAUUAUGCAUACGUUAGAAAAGGUGUGCGCUGGAAUGGGAUCCGCGAUAACCAACGUGCAUAAGGAGAUAUAUAAAGUUUCGAGGCAUUAUCUAACCGACAGAGUGAUGGCAGUAAGAUGUGCCGCUGCUAAGUGUUUGUUGGAGAUGUUAAAUCACGCUCCGUUUUUGUAUACGACCGAAAUUGAAAGCGUCGCAACAUUGUGCUUCCGGGCGUUCGAGGGUUCAAAUUACGAAGUGAGAUGCUCCGUCGCUAAAUUACUAGGCACUUUGGUGGCAAUGACACAGCUUCCUUCACCCAAGAUAAAAAAUCCUACAGUUGCACACAAUAAAGGUGCUAAACAAGCAUCGCUUGAAGAGGUGUUAAAUAUCUUGAUGUCUGGAUUUUUAAGAGGUGGCGUCGGCUUCUUAAAAGGAACCGGCGAGAUAAUAAAAGGAAGCUCCAGCAUAAAUAGAGAAGUGCGAGUUGGUGUAACACAUGCAUACGUGGUGUUCGUUCAAAUGUUAGGCGGUACUUGGCUGGAACGAAAUAUCGGCACGUUAAUUGCACACGUUUUAGACCUGGUUACAAAUCCGAAAGCCGCUAGCUCGCACGUUGAGGCGGUAUACUCGCGCAAAUGCGUGAAUUUCAUAUUACGCGGUACAAUCGGCAAAUUGUUAGGGGAAGGCGCUCAGGCAGCUGCUUGCAAAGAAAUAGCGCAUAUCAUCUUGAAGCAGAUGAAUUCCAUCGAUUUCAGUCCAGAAAACGCCAAAGAUUGCAAUCAGGAAACAUUAUUCAGCCAGCAUUUAUUAGUGUGUGCGCUACAAGAAAUGGGAAAUCUGAUAUUGGGAUUAGGUACCACAGCCACGAAUUUGUUAUCCGAUCAAUCUCUAAGUCUAAUCGAUGCCAUAAUGGCCGUCCUGGUGCAUCCGUGUCAAGCGGCUAGACUAGCGGCUUCCUGGUGCUUACGAUGCAUAUGCGUGGCAGUGCCGAGUCAAAUAACACCUCUGAUCGACCGUUGCGUCGACGGGAUUGAGAAUAUGCGUAGCUCACCGGAAGCCAUAGCCGGUUACAGCAGUGCUCUUGCCGCGGUGCUAGGAAGCGUUCGUCUGUCACCUUUGGGAGUCCCUCAUACUAAGGGAAAGAUAAUUUUCAAUACAGCGGAAGAACUUCUGAGAAGCGCAAGUCAGAACAGUCGUUUAUCUUUAAAUCGCACGCACGCAGGAUGGCUCUUGAUAGGAGCGAUAAUGACUUUAGGUACGGCAGUAGUGAAGGGUUUAUUACCGAGAAUGUUGCUUCUAUGGAGAAACUCCUUCCCACGCUCGAACAAGGAACUCGAGAGUGAAAAAGCUCGCGGCGACGCUUUCACGUGGCAAGUGACUUUGGAGGGACGUGCCGGCGCAUUGUCCGCUAUGUAUAGCUUCUUGCUGCACUGCCCGGAACUUUUAAAUGACGACAUUACACGGCGAUUACUCACACCUAUCGAAUCCGCUCUGGCAAUGCUGACGAAUUUGUCUCCUGUUUUGAAGAAUUAUGGUCAACAAUUGAAAGCUCCUGCGGCCAUGGUUCGUUUGCGCUUAUACGAAACGUUAUUGCUGCUACCACCACAAAUGUUUGAAGGUUCUUACACGCAUCUUCUGAGAAUGUUGGUAUCGGAGUUCACACUUACGGAUAAUCCUGGGAACACAACUACUUCUUUAUUGAGUGUAGUUUGCCACGCUAACGAUUCGGUAAUUCUUGGUACAUGGCUACAGGAGACUGAUCAUCGUACAAUAGAAGAUCAGAUGGAACCAAACAGAAGGGCAGAUUUGGAACAUCUCCAACCAAAUAGUGCUGCGGGAUCUGGGGCAUUGGAACAUAAUACAUGCUGCCUUUAUAGACCAAUGCCACACUUUGAAAUGAUCCCUGGUCCUUUGCCGUUGGGUGUAGCGGUGAUUGACUUAUCGGUCGCAUUAUUCGGCCAGAUAUUCCCACGUGUAGCAAACAAGCACAGACUGCAGAUGUUGGAUCACUUCAGCGAGUGCAUAAAGCACACCAAGUCCGGAAGGCAGGAAGCAAUACAAAUGAAUGUGUUCACGGCAGUUUUGAGCGGCUUGAAGGGCCUCAAUGAGGCGAAAACAGGCUUCGGGCAGGAAGACGUCAAGAAAUCCGCCACUAAUCUUAUCAUCAGCACGCUGGUCAGCAGCAACCCUAUUCUACGAUGGGCGGCGGGAGAAGCGGUUGGUAGAAUGGCUCAGGUGAUCUCCGAUCCCAAGUUCACCGCGGAAUUGGCGCAAACCAGUUUUGAUCGUUUGAAAUCUGCUCGCGACGUCGCCAGCAGAACCGGUCACUCGUUGGCGUUAGGCUGCCUUCAUAAAUAUGUCGGCGGAAUGGGCUCUAGCCAGCAUCUCAACACUAGCGUUAGCAUCCUGCUCGCACUCGCUCAGGAUAAUUCGUCUCCCGUAGUGCAAGUUUGGGCGCUGCACGCUCUGGCUCUGAUAGCUGAUUCCGGUGGACCAAUGUUCAGAGGCUAUGUUGAGCCUACGUUAUCCUUAGCCUUGACCCUUCUUCUAAAUGUUCCUCACUCUUACAUCGACGUACAUCAAUGUAUCGGAAAGGUUUUAUCGGCGCUUAUCACGACGAUAGGGCCAGAGUUACAAGGCAACACGACAACAAUUUGCAUGGCACGGUCGUCAUUUUUGUGCGCGUGUGCCAUUAUGCAGGAUCAUCAGGACCCACUCGUUCAAGCUGAAGCGACCGGCUGCCUUCAACAGUUACAUCUCUUUGCACCCAGACACGUCAAUUUGUCUUCUCUCGUUCCUACAUUAUGCCGUACCCUAUCGAGCAAUCACUUGCUUCUGCGUAAAGCUGCGAUAUCCUGUCUUCGGCAACUCGCUCAGCGCGAAGCGAAAGAAGUAUGCGAGCAUGCAAUGACCCUGGCUAAUGAAAGCAGAGACACUAACGUGGUAGAAGGCCUCGUUAUUACCGAGACCGGUCUUCCGGGCGUGUUAUUUAGUAUGCUGGAUACAGAAACUGAUAGUAAAUUAAUCAAAGAUAUUCACGAUACUUUAACGAGCAUGCUGCACAUAUUAGCGGCCGACAAUCUGUCUCAAUGGUUGUCACUGUGCAAAGACGUUCUCACGAUAGCUUCAGAAUCGAGUACGAUCGAAGAAGGCAACGCGGCGAAUGCAGAGGAUAGUGCCGCUGAUAACGAAUCAGCGGAUGCAGAGGGUGACGACGACCAGGCUGAGUUCCACGCCGAUGAGUCUACUAAACAGCGACCGUCUAUCACACCGAGGUGGCCAACGAGAGUCUUCGCGGCGCAAUGCGUACGACGCAUUGUCGCGGCUUGUAUGAGUGACAAGCAGGCGCACUUUGAUCUCGCCUUGGCUAAAGAAAUGCAACAAUCUAAGGGAAAAGGAGAUUUUCUGGUAUUACAUUUAUCGGACUUGGUGCGCAUGGCAUUCAUGGCCGCGACGAGUGAUUGCGAUCCAUUGCGGCUCGAAGGUCUCAAAACCUUGCAAGAGAUCAUUGAUAAAUUCGCCAAAGUUCCCGAACCGGAGUUUCCCGGACACUUAUUGCUGGAGCAGUUUCAAGCACAAGUUGGAGCUGCUUUAAGACCAGCAUUUUCCGCGGAAACACCGUCGCACGUUACAGCUGCAGCCUGCGAGGCUUGCAGCGCAUGGAUUGGCAGCGGUGUUGCUAGGGAUCUCAAUGAUCUACGAAGAGUGCAUCAGUUACUCGUGUCAUCUCUGGAAAAAUUGAGAGAAGGUAAAACUCGGCCGCAGUUGUACAAUGAGAGCUUGUCGACGCUGGAGAGAUUGGCGAUCUUAAAAGCAUGGGCAGAGGUGUAUGUAGUUGCGAUGAUUAGAGAUGGAUCUGCAUUGAAUAGCAAAGAUACGACCAAUCGAAACGCGAAUCAAGUCGACGAAACCAACGAAGAGGAUUUUGGGGAAUUUGAGUUUCAGAGCGAAAGUUUGCUGAGUCUCGUUCAGCCGGAGCUUCUGAGUCUGAGCCAACAUUGGCUAUCUGCUUUAAGAGAUCAUGCAUUGCUCUCUUUGCCACCAGAAUUCUCCAGUCAGUUGCCGCAUGACGGUGGUGCCUUUUAUACGACAGACACGAUGGAAUCCGCGCGUCCACACUACGUAGAAUCAUGGGCGCCGAUUCUCCACGCCGCGACCCUCUGGCUCAAUGCGAGAGGAUUCGAAAUGGAAGACAGCAACCAGGAUAAGGCGACGACGAAUCUUGCUAAUAAUAAUAAUCAUAACAAUAAUAAUAACAACGAUGAAGCUACUGCUUGUAAAACUAACACGAAUGUUGAACGUUUUCACUUGUUAUUUGGUAUAUGCAUGGAAGCUUUGUGCAGCCCUCGCUCUUCCGAAUCCCCGCAAAAUAUGAAGACAUGCUUAAAUGCGUUGUACACGCUACUCGAUUCAACAUGGGCGCGUAAGGUCUUUAUCACGGAUCGUUCCUUGCCUAUCGAAUUGUGUAACGUUCUUCAUAGAUUGCUUUUAACACGAGAGAGUUAUGUCAUCCAAAUGAUAGUGAUGGAAGUGCUGAAGCAAGUGAUGAAAGCAGCGCAGGAAGAUCUUGCUGCAAGAAAAAAAUUGAAACUCAAAGAUAAUGCAUCGGCGCAUCAAGAAAACACUGAAACGUCAGAACUGGAUCUGCUGGGCGAGGGCGAAGAAAGCGGCGAGCUUACGCCAGGCUCAUCAUUAGUGUUUGCUGUCCUGGAGGUAUGCCUGUGUCUCUUGGUGCGACAGAUACCAGCGUUGAAUCCGAAUCCCGGCGGUGCCACUGCCAUAUUAUCUCAGAAAGGAUACGUACCGUCCGAAAAGAGUGGCAAGCUGAUCGCAUCAUCCCUCAAUAUAAUGGAAUCUCUCCCUACAUUAUGCUCUCCGCAAGGCGCAGUAGCAAUUCUCCCGACGCUGCUGUAUUUGGCAACGGGCGUGAUACGCGAAACCGCGGUGCGUACGGACAACGAUAGCACGAAAGCCGGUUCGGAAACGCCGGUUCACGCUGCGUUACACUGCGUCAAGAGUCUCAUCAGUAACAAAUACGCCCGAGAUCACAGGAGUCAAGAGCAAUGGACGGGAUUACUGCGAAGCGCGCUUGCCAAGAUUAUAGAUCUGGCCAAAACAGGCAGUGACGAAACUAAGAUGGAUGAGGUGGCAAUGAUGCUAGGUAUCGCAGUAUUCGUGCUCCACGCGUCGCCGGAUGUGGUGAGCGCUCCGAAUCUACAAUUUCCAUGCAUCAAUCACUUUCGUCACGCGUUCCAGUCUGAAAAUUUAACGGUGAGGCUGAAAUGCGUGCAAACGUUAAGAACGAUAUUUCUGCAUCCGGAACGUAAUGUAAGUACGCCAUACAUCCAUGCGCUCGCGCCACGACUGGUAGAAUACCUGUACAGCGACAAGAGCAAGCAGGUGACAAACGACAUGGAAUUGACUUUUACGCUGGAGUGCGUCAGCACAGUGGAAGCCCUCAUAGGUCUCGCCGAUCUCUCUAAUCGAGAUUUGUUACAAGGUGUGUGGAAAGGUAUUCAAAUGCUGACUCUACUUGUGCCGAUUUUGAUCAAUUACUUGCUGGAAGGGGACGAGCUCCAACACGCUACUAAGUAUCAAGCGAGCCUCCAUCAACAGAGUUUUCAGUGGCUCAAUAAGAUCGGGCCGAAAUAUCCGCAGGAAUUUAAGACACUGAUGUCGCAGUCUACCGAGCUGAAAAUUAAAUUGGAGAACGCCGUAAGGACCAGCCAUCAGCAGGCGCAGCGGCACAUCCGGCCGGUUGAUCCCGUGAAACCGCAGAUCAAGAUAUCCGCGCCGUCGAUCAAAUUAAAAACCGAUUUCUCCAACUUCAACUAAAAGGGGGAUCGUAUCUGUUGCAGAUAAGAAAUAAAAGAUAAUUUAUUAAAACCUCGUAAGACUAACGUAAAUAACGAUAUUAGCAAUUUUGUCGUAGACCCGAUCGUGUUAAUGCGAUUUCGACCCAACAAUUAUCAAUUAUCAGGCAAAAUCGAAUUACUGUUUACAACUUCUUAGCAUCGUGAUAAUUAUAAAGUGAUAUUUCGCCGUUAGAAAAUCGUACUCGACUGUACUUAGAAAUAAAAGGAUUAGAAAUUAGACGACGGAUAUAAAAAGAGAUAGGACAAAGGUGACGUGGAUGGAAAAAUGAUGUCGGACGAUCAAUUUAAUCGCUACUAUAAAAUGAUACUUAUAUCUUACUUCUCUUCAUCCCACUUUAACUUCUUCAUUGCCAAGUACAAUAACGUUCCUGAUUUUCCUAUUAUGCUUUUCAAAGUGCAAAAAGAUAACUUUAUAUCAGACUUUCAAAUUGUAUAUAUACAUAUGUAGAAUUUAGCGUAGAGUUUACAACAUAGAGAUUAUUAAUUUAUUCAAUGAUGCAAAUAAAGAUGUUGAUAUACAUAUAUUCUCACCUCACUAUUUCGAUGGAUUAUAAAAGAUAACAAGCAACAAUUUAAUUUCCAUGAGAGGUGUGGUGUUAAAAAUUAAAUGACUGCGAAUAUAUGCACAAAAUAAGUUAUAUAGAUAAUAUAAUAUAGAUAUUUCCGUGCUCAUUCGGAUCAUUAAUCCACGAUUCAGAAGUUUUGCUUUGAAAUAAUUUUUAAUAUAACUAACCGUGUAAUCGAUAGAAUUAUUUAUUAAUAAAUUAUAAUUAUGGGUUUCCUUGGGAAAACAUUUGCCAUAAAACGUACGAUUAAAGAUCAAUCUGAAGUAUAGACUGUUUUAAUCAAGAACAUAUUUAACGUUCUUCUGACAGGAAGACUGAUAACCCGCUACGUUUUUAUUUAACGAUUUUUAAUACACAGAUGCAGGCAGAGAAGAAAUAUGUACAUGUAUUAGUUUUGCGUAACUAGAGUGAGGAUAGUAAUGGGGUAGCGAUUCUAUCGAACGAAUGUCUGAUGUAACAUAUCGAAUUAUACCGAGCUUUUUUUGUGAUAUCAGAAACUUUGUAAUGAUUUUUUUUCUAGACUGCAAUAAGAUGCACGAGAAGCGCCUUCGGUAAAUUAAUACCGUAUAAUGCUGGGCAUUACAGCGAAACGAUUUGCAAAAUUUAACAAUUUUUUUGUAUUUGAUCUUUAAACGCGCUAGAUUGUAGCCCGACGUAAACGAAAGAGAAGAAUGAACUGCGUAACAUAAAUGUAUGUGUAUGUAAAUUGAAAUUAGAAGCCAUAAUUCAGGAAGCGAACAAUAUCUUCCUUUGAAUUUGACAUUGAUCGUACUGUGUUGCGUUUUCGUCUUAGAAAAAUCACAAUAGACGAGCACGUAGAUUAGAUACAAACGUUUAGAAAUUUAGAUUGCUAUUGUUGCAGCACGGAUGUUCUUAUAUGGAUUAUAAACUUUAUCGCGAUGUCGCGAUUUCGUAAUCGCGCAACGGUGUCACCGAAAAAAAGAUGUAGGUAGAAAGAAUCGACGGGAAUUACAAUUAAUAAUUUAUUAUUAUUAAUUGUGAAAUUGAAUUCCUGAAGAUUUCCUCUUUUUUACCGGAGAGAUUUAGGUUCGCAAAAUACAAAACUAUCUUUCCAUUUCCAACUUCCAUUUGAAGUUCGGCGUAGCGAGUCUCGCGAUGUCUGUACAUAAUUGAGUUUGAAUUGCAAUUGCGGUAGAUCUGACGUAGCGCCGCGAAUAAAUUUUGUGAAAGUAAACCAGGACGAAUUAUUAUAAAUGUGAAAUGGAUUAUGUGCUCGAUAGAGAUGUUCUACUAUUUUUGUAUGAUUAUUUUAGGGACCCAUUGAGAUUGUUUGUAAACUUUUAAUUGCGUGCCGAAGAGAGCACGGCCAUUUAUACGACAUAUAUAGUGUUAUUGUAUCUGAUCCACCGAACUUCCAUGUAUAUUUAAGUCGCGUUCUGAUUGGAAUCCUCUCCGAUGAAUAUGGUACAAUUAUACAUAACGUUGUAUUACAUAACUGCUGCAGUUUCGACGAAAAUAAAAAUAACUGAUAUUAGAUAAGUUAA